GGAAAGGAAAAACACCAGGAGGAGGAGGAGUGGACAUUUUUAUUGCAAACGGGAUUCUUAGGGACGGAACUGUGUUCCUAAAUCCCUUUGUUGACGCGCUGGCCUCCAGCGCCUCGGAAGUGGCUGUAUUUGGAGACGGGACCUUUCAAGAAGUGAUCCAGGUAAAAUGAGGCCCUUAGUGCGGGCCCUCAGCCAGUCGUAAAAGGGCACAGAGGAAAGCCCAUGCGAGGACACAGGGACAAAACAGCCACCUGCGUGGCGAGGAGCGAGGCCUUGAAAAGGCUCCUUGAUUUUGGACUUGCCGCCUCCAGAGCUGUGAGGAGGAAGUGCCUUUCUGUUGUUCACGUCCCCGGUCGGUCCGUGGGGGUUUGUUGUGGCGGCGCCAGCAAACUAGCACAGGAUCUCCGUGGUUUAGUUUGCGUCUCUAGCUUGCUCAUCCUGCUCACUGUUUGUUUUGCUUGAAACACACAGGGGGUCCCGUCGCUGCCCCCCGCCCCUCGCCAGGAAGUCCACCCCCAUCUUCCUCCUCCUCCUCCAGCUGCCGGGCCUCCCAGCCCCCGGCUCCCCCCGGGGUGUGAGGGGCGGCUCUGCGCGUCUCCGAGUCUCUGCCUCCCGGAUCUCGUGCCGCUCCCCCGCCUCCCCCACCCUGCCCUCCUGGCGGCGGGUAGGCGCCCUUGCUUCGGCGAGGACGUCAGUGGGUUUUAAGUGCCUAGUACCUGCCGAGAGGGGGCGCGGUCCCGGAGAAGCCUCCGGGCCUGGGAUCUAGAGAAGCCAGGACCACCUUGCAGGAGGCAGAGACCGCGCUGCCCGCGUGGUGGGGGGAAUGAAUUCGGGGACCACAGGGAGCCACCCUCGCGCACACGCGGGGGAGAUGCGCGAGGGGCUCGUCGCGGCUCCACCGCGAGGGAAGCGCCCCAACCUCCCGCUGUCCAGAAACCCCUCCGCGCUUCGCCGGCCGCGCGGCCUGGGGUCUCCGCCCAGGGCGGCUGGGGGAAGGGGAGGACCCGUUGCAGCUCCUCCCCCGGACCUGGCCGCCGGGAUCCGCGAAAAGCAGAAGCUAGCGGCGAUCCGGGGAGUCCCGCCGGGAUUUAGGAAGAGAAACUUGCAGCCGUAACCCGGAGCCGUGCCCCGCGUUCUCUCAAGGGCUCGGAAGAGAGUCCCUGGGUUCGGGCGGGGAACUGAGCCACCUCCCGGUCCGCCCCGUCUCACUGGAUGACCGAAGAUCGGGCCCUUCCCCAUCCCCAACCCCGCCCCCCGCUGCCCCGUGGCUGCUUUGCCGGGUGUACCUGCCCCGCCCAGCCCCGCCCCGCCCGGUCUGCUGGUCCGGGGCAGGGAAGGGGCUGCCUGCGAGGACGGGACGGGCCCGCGCCCCCGAAAGGCCGCCGCCGCCGCCGGGGCCCCGGAACGCACACCUCCUCCCCCUUCCCACGCCUUCUCAAGUCUCCCGGCCCUCCGCUGGACGCCCCGGGUCCCCCGCACCGUGCCUUCCAGGGCCUCGGACUCCCGCGCGACCCCGCAUCCUCUUGUCCACCCCUUCAUACCCCGCACCGGGUUCCCUGAGCCUCUCCGGGCCUCCCCUAGAUCCCCAGGGCGGUGCGGGUCGGGUCUCCUCAAUCCCCGCCGGCUGCCCAGGCAGGAGCUCGCCAUGCUCCGGCUCCAGGCGCUGCUGCUCCUGCUGCUGCUGCUGCUGCUGCUGCCGCCACCGCCGGCCGCGCGAGCCCGGGAGCCCUCUGCGCAGGACGUGAGCCUGGGCGUGGACUGGCUCACCCGCUAUGGGUACCUGCCGCCUCCUCACCCUGCCCAGGCCCAGCUGCAGAGCCCCGCAAAGCUGAGGACGGCGAUCAAGGUCAUGCAGAGGUUUGCGGGACUGCCUGAGACAGGCCUCCUGGACCCCCUGACAGUGGCCACCAUGCAUAAGCCCCGCUGCUCCCUGCCCGACGUGCUGGGGGUGGCGGGGCUGGUCAGGCGGCGGCGCCGGUACGCGCUGAGCGGGAGCGUGUGGAAGAAGCGAACCCUGACGUGGAGGGUGCUCUCCUUCCCGAGGGGCUCAGCACUGAGCCCGGACACGGUGCGGAGCCUCCUGCACCACGCCCUGGCUGCCUGGGGCCUCGAGUCGGGCCUCACAUUCCGGGAGGUGGGUUCUGAGAGCCCUGCGGAGCCUGACAUCAUCGUUGACUUCGCCCGGGCCUACCACCAGGACAGCUACCCCUUCGACGGGCAGGGUGGCACCCUGGCCCACGCCUUCUUCCCUGGGGAGCACCCCAUCUCUGGGGACACUCACUUUGACGAUGAGGAGACCUGGACUUUUGGGGCUCAAGACGGCGAAGGGACGGACCUGUUUGCAGUGGCUGUUCACGAGUUUGGCCAUGCCCUCGGCCUGGGCCACUCCUCGGCACCCGGCUCCAUCAUGAGGCCCUUUUACCAGGGCCCCGUCGGCAACCCCUCCGAGUACCGCCUGUCCCAGGACGACCGCGAAGGCCUACAGCAGCUCUACGGGAAAGCACCCCAGACCCCGUAUGACAAGCCCACAAGGAAACCCCUGGCUACUCCGCCCCCACCCCCUGCCCUGCCCCCUGAUAGCCCCUCGCAACCCGUUCCUGACCGCUGCGAAGGCAAUUUUGACGCCAUCGCCAACAUCCGCGGAGAAACUUUCUUCUUCAAAGGCCCCUGGUUCUGGCGCCUGCAGCCCUCGGGCCAGCUGGUGUCUCCCCGGCCCGCCCGACUCCACCGCUUCUGGGAGGGGCUGCCCGCCCAGGUGCAGGUCAUCCAGGCCGCCUACGCCCGGCACCCGGACGGCCGGAUCCUCCUCUUUAGCGGCCCGCAGUUCUGGGUGUUCCAGGACCGGCGGCUAGAGGGCGCCCCGCGGCCGCUCACCGAGCUGGGGCUGCCCCCGCAAGAGCAGGUGGACGCCGUGUUCUCCUGGCCGCUCAACGGGAAGACCUACCUGGUCCGGGGCCAGCGCUACUGGCGCUACGACGAGGCGGCGGCGAGCCCCGACCCCGGCUACCCGCGCGACCUGAGCCUCUGGGAGGGGGCGCCGCACGCCCCCGACGAUGUCACCGUCAGCAACACAGGCGACACCUACUUCUUCAAGGGCGCCCACUACUGGCGCUUCCCCAAGGGCAGCGUCAAGGCGGAGCCGGACUCGCCGCAGCCCAUGGGUCCCAAGUGGCUGGACUGCCCCGCCCCCAGCGCCGGGCCCCGCGCCCCCAGGCCCCCCAAAGCCACCCUUCAGCCUGGGGCCUGCGAUUGUCAGUGCGAGAUCAAUCAGGGGCCGGGGCGGCUGUCCGCGCCCCUCCUGCUGCCCCUUCUCCCCCUGCUGGUGGGGGGCACCGCCUUAGGCUGACUGGGGACCCGGCGCUGCGCGGGAGGGGCGGGAUCGCCCCCCGCGGGCCCUGGCGGCCUGCGGCUGUGGGAACCUCGGGCCCUGGGGCAGAGCUCCACCAGACGGAGCUGGGUGCAGGCAUGGCGCUAAGGCCCGAGGCGCCCGAGGGUGUUGACCAAGGGCUGGCCCUUGGACUGAAUGCUCCCUGUGAGCCGGCUCCUUCCCUGUCCCCAGGUUCCCAACCUGGACUCUGUCCCGGCUGGGACGCCGCAGGACUCCUUUUCCGGGAAUACCCAGCCCUGCCCAGAGUUCAGCCCUCUGACUCCCUGUAGCCCUCCCUAGUCCUGCCUGGCAGCAGCAGCUGUUCCGGGGUGUUUGGGUCUUUCCAGCACAGGCCUGAUCUGGAAGCUGAACCCCAGCCCCGCCAUCCACCCGCUGUUCUGACCUAUCACGCUCGCGCCGAGGCCACGUUGGUGGGGACCCCAGACCCCGCCCUGAGCCUGCCCCUGAGCGCCAGUGUCCCAGGUCCUGGGUGACACCAGUGGCCACGUGGAUGAUACGCCCCCAUCCUGCCCCCAGGGACCUCCUUUCUUUCUGGUCACCACCCUGGUCCAGAGCUGCCCGAAUCCCACAGGACACCCUCCUGUCCCUAACACACCGGUCCCCGCCUGCACACCUGAGCCCCUGCCGCCUCCCUCCUGAACUCCCUGGCUCCAGGGUCACUGCCUGCUCAUCAGUCCUGGCUGCAGAGUGGGUGGAAGCCGGGCCACCUCACUGCCCCCCACUGCCCCCGGAAUUCUGUGUCUUCAGCUCAGCUUUUGGACUUUUCCGCAUCAGAAUGCGCCAGGGACCUUGAGAGUGAAGACCCCUUGGCCUCAGCCUGAAUCCUCCCUCUGGGGAUGGGAGCAGGAAUCUGCCUUUGAAGCCCUGGAAGGGGUGGCCCUGACCGGCCAGGUUGUUGGCUCCGUGACUCCUUGUCCUGGCGUUUCUGUGUCUCUGCCAUGUUCGCUGUCCCAGGUACCACCUUCACAAACUCUAUGAGCCAAGCUGAUGGCCUUGGUAAAGAGCGGUCCCCCCAUGGGUGGAGUCACGUAUUGGCCACUUCUUGGGUUGUCACCCAACCUCAGCCGAGACGAGUGGGGACGUGUCCCACCUUGGUCACAGGCAGCAUGACCAGUAGGAGGGCGACAGCCAGGGGUCUUCACCCAGCUGGGACCUGAGAUUUCUAAGCCACCAGAAAGCCAUCAGGGCCUCUGCCAGGGUCCUUUCCAAGUAUGAGGAGGAGGAAAGUUGUAUUUUGAAGGCUUGUCUGGAGUUCCCGGGUGGCUCAGUGGAUUAGGCAUCCAUAACUGUCACUGCUGUGGUGCUGGUUGGCUCCCUGGCCUGGGAACUUCCAUAUGCUGUGGUUUGGGCCAAAAAAAAUUUCAACUCAAAUAAAAAUAAAGACUUAUGUAACCCAGCAGGAGAACAAUGAAAAUGAUGGAAGAGAAAGCCCUUUGUUUCUUCUGAGCGCUCAUGAAUUUGGGGUCACAUUUGGUGGCAGGAACUUGACAGAGCUGAAUCCCUCUGUUUUUGCAGAAGAGGUUGGCUCCAGCUUUGACGGGCACCAGCUGGGGGGGGAGGGGAAUGAGAGGGAAGAGGAACCCAAGAGCUGGGUGGAGGGAGCCCGGAGUGGGGGCAUCCUGUGUGACAUUUGACAUUUGACAUUCCAGGGCCUCAAGGGAAACCUCUGCUUCUCCCGCCUAUAAGACUUUCUUAAGUCUGCUACUCAAAAUGUCACAGCAAGUUCAAUGACACUAUUAUUAUUAUUGUUGUUGUUGUUAUUGUCUUUUUAGGGCCAUACCUGCAGCAUAUGGAGGUUCCCAGGCUUGGGUCAAAGUGGAGCUACAGCCGCUGGCCUACACCAUAGCCACAGCCACACAGGAUCUGAGCCACACCUGCAGCCUACACCACAGCUCAGGCAAUGCAGGAUCCUUAACCCACACAGCAAGGCCAGGGAUCAAACCCGCAACCUCAUGGUUCCCGGUGGGGUUCGUUAACCACUGAGCCAUGAAGGGAAUGCCUACAUUCUUUUUUCAAUAAGUACAUUCUCAUAAUCAAAAUGUGAAGCUUUUGGUGUUUCAAAAGAUACUAUCAAAAAAGUGAAAAGAGAGAUUCCUUGGUGGCUCAGUGGGUUAGGGAACUGCCAUGAUCACUGCUGUGACGCGGGUUCGAUCCUUGACCCGGAACAUAUGCAUACCUUGGCCAGCCAAAUAAUAAUAAUAAGUGAAAUAAAAUCUUUAAAAGUGAAAAGAUACAAAAUGAGACAAAUGUUUAUAAAUGAUAUAUCUAAUAAGACACUCCUUGACAAAAUAUACAGCCUUCUUUUAGAACUUAAUAAAAAGACAAGUAAACCAAUUGAAAAUAGGGAAAGGGAGUUCCCGUCAUGGCUCAGUGGUUAAGGAAUCCGACUAGGAACCAUGAGGUUGCGGGUUCGAUCCCUGGCCUCGCUCAGUGGGUUAAGGAUCCGGCAUUGCCGUGAGCUGUGGUGUAGGUCGCAGAUCUGGCUCAGAUCUGGUGUUGCUGUGGCUGUGGUAGGUCGCAGAUGUGGCUCGGAUUCCCCGUUGCCAUGAGCUGUGGUGUAGGCCAGCAGCUGUAGCUCCGAUUAGGCCCCUAGCCUGGUAACCUCCAUAUGCCAUGGGUGCAGCCCUAAAAAGAAAAAAAAAAAAAAAUUCCAAAAACCAAACAAACAGAAAAACAUAGUUCCCAUGUGACUGAGCCAGUCCACUCCUAGGUGGCAUUCAAGAGAAAAAAAAAAAAAAA